CGUCUAUAAAUACUUCUAAUAAUGCCUUUCUUCACUUCUCAUCUUUAAUUCCCAGUUAAUUAUACUUUCGAAUCCUGUAAGGCCAGCAAACAUGGGGUUUUCACCACUGUCCCUCUCUCAAUCUCUCUCGUUCUUUCUGCUUCUCUUCCAUUUCUAUUCAACAAUUUCAUCUCCACUCUCCUCAAAUCACUCCUCCUCUUCUUCUCAUUUGUGUUCUCAUCGCCAAUCUCUUUCUCUCCUUCAAUUCAAACAAUCCUUCUCCAUUCAAAAUAGUUCAGCUUUUUUGGAGUACUUUUGUCCAUAUCCCUUUCCAAAAACAGAGUCAUGGAAAGAGGGUACAGACUGCUGCUUGUGGGAUGGGGUCUCUUGUGACCUGAAAACCGGGCAUGUCACUGCACUGGACCUCUCCUGCAGCAUGCUUUACGGCACCCUCCUUCCCAAUAAUUCUCUCUUCUCUCUCCAUCAUCUUCAACACCUCGACCUCUCUUUCAAUGAUUUCAACUCCUCCCAUAUUUCUUCUCGAUUUGGCCAGUUCUCCAGUCUGACACAUCUUAACCUAAGUGGUUCAGAUCUUGCAGGCCAAGUUCCGUCAGAAAUCUCUCACCUCUCCAAAAUGGUUUCUCUGGAUCUCUCUCGGAACUACGAUCUUGUGAGUCUAGAACCAAUUUCUUUUGACAAGCUUUCUUUUGACAAGCUUGUUCGAAACCUAACCAAGCUUAGAGAACUCGAUUUGAGUUUGGUAAACAUGUCACUAGUUGUUCCCGAUUCCUUGAUGAAUCUGUCUUCUUCUCUGUCAUCACUCAAACUCGAUGACUGUGGAUUGCAAGGAAAACUCCCAUCCUCAAUGGGGAAAUUUAAGCACCUGCAGUACUUGGAUCUUGGAUGGAACGAUCUUUCUGGUCCAAUUCCAUAUGAUUUUGAUCAACUCCCUGAGUUGGUUUCCCUUGGUCUCUCUUCCAACAACUAUCUAAGUCUAGAACCAGUUUCUUUUGACAAGAUUGUUCAAAACCUAACCAAGCUAAGAUAUCUCGCUUUGGGUUCUGUAAAUAUGUCUUUGGUUGCACCUAAUUCCUUGACGAAUCUGUCCUCUUCUUUGUCAUCUCUUUUCCUUUGGGAUUGUGGAUUGCAGGGGAAGUUCCCGGGUAACAUCUUUCUCCUCCCAAACCUUGAAUCACUGGAUCUGUCAUACAACGAAGGCCUCACUGGCUCUUUUCCUUCGUCCAAUUUGAGUAAUGUCCUUUAUGGGUUGGGUCUUUCUAAUACAAGAAUUUCAGUUUAUUUAGAAAACGACUUAAUCAGUAAUCUAAAGUCAUUAGAAUUUAUGUCUCUUCGUAAUUGUAACAUUAUAAGGUCAGAUCUACCCCUGCUUGGUAAUCUCACACAGCUCAUCUCUUUAGACCUUUCAAGUAACAAUUUUAGCGGUCAGAUACCAUCAUCACUCGACAAUCUCACACAUCUCAUCUAUUUACAUCUCUCAAGUAACAAGUUUAGUGGUCAGAUCCCAUCAUCACUUGGUAAUCUCACACAUCUCAUCUAUUUAGACCUCUCAAGUAAUAAUUUGACCGGUCAGAUCCCAUCAUCACUUGGAAACCUUGUACAGCUUCGUUUCUUGUAUCUCUCUUCCAAUAAAUUUAUGGGUCAAGUUCCAGAUUCUUUAGGUAGACUAGUCAAUCUUUCAGAUUUAAAUUUAUCAAAUAAUCAACUAGUAGGCGCUAUCCAUUCUCAAUUAAAUACCCUUUCAAAUCUAAAAUAUCUAUUUUUAUCUGAUAACUUGUUCAAUGGAACAAUACCAUCCUUUUUGUUUGCUCUUCCUUCUUUACAAUCUCUUGACCUUCAUAACAAUAAUCUCAUAGGCAAUAUAAGUGAACUCCAUCACAAUUCAUUAAGUUACCUUGAUUUGAGCAAUAACCACUUGCAUGGUCCAAUCCCAAGUUCGAUUUUCAAACAAGAGAACUUGCAAUUCCUUAUUCUUGCAUCCAAUAGUAAAUUGACAGGUGAGAUUUCUUCUUCUAUUUGCAAGCUGAGAUACCUUCGGGUCCUGGACUUGUCCAACAACAGCUUGAGUGGUUCUCCACCACUAUGUUUGGGGUACUUCAGCAACAUGAUCUCGGUAUUGCAUCUAGGCAUGAACAAUCUUCAAGGCACUAUCCCUUCACCAUUUUCAAAGGAUAAUAGCUUGGAAUAUCUCAACCUCAAUGGAAAUGAAAUAGAAGGGAAAAUAUCAUCGUCUAUCAUCAACUGUACAAUGUUGCAAGUUCUUGAUCUUGGCAACAAUAAGAUUGAGGAUACAUUUCCCUACUUUCUAGAAACGCUUCCAAAGCUCCAAAUUCUUGUCCUAAAAUCCAAUAAAUUCCAAGGUUUUGUGAAGGGUCCGACUACAAAUAAUUCAUUCUCUAAAUUGCGGAUUCUUGACAUCUCUGACAACAAUUUUAGUGGGCCAUUGCCAACUGGAUAUUUCAAUAGUCUUGAAGCAAUGAUGGCCUCGGAUCAAAGCAUGAUUUACAUGGGGACAACAAAUUAUACAGGCUAUGUCUAUUCCAUAGAAAUGACAUGGAAAGGUGUAGAAAUUGAGUUUACGAAGAUCCGAAGUACUAUCAGAGUACUUGAUUUGUCAAAUAACGAUUUCACCGGAGAGAUUCCAAAAGUGAUAGGAAAGCUUAAAGCACUCCAACAGCUCAACCUUUCUCACAAUUCCCUUACAGGUCAUAUCCAAUCAUCAUUAGAAAAUUUGACUAAUUUGGAAUCAUUAGAUCUAUCUUCAAAUUUGCUUACCGGAAGGAUUCCAACGCAGCUGGGAGGUCUAACAUUUCUUGCAAUCCUAAACCUUUCACAUAACCAACUCGAGGGGCCCAUACCAAGUGGAGGGCAGUUCAACACCUUUGAUGCAAGCUCAUUUAAAGGAAACUUGGGUUUAUGUGGAUCUCAAGUACUAAAAAAAUGUUACGGUGAUGAGGCACCAUCAUUACCGCCAUCAAGCUUUGAUGAAGGAGACGAUUCAACAUUGUUUGGAGAAGGAUUUGGAUGGAAAGCUGUGACAAUGGGGUAUGGAUGCGGGUUUGUGUUUGGAGUUGCAACGGGAUACGUUGUGUUUAGAACAAAAAAGCCUUCAUGGUUUCUUAGGAUGGUUGAAGAUAAAGGGAAUCUCCAGAGCAAAAAAACAAAGAAGAAUGCUAGCAGAUAUGGUGCUAGAAGAAACUAAAUAAUGCAAUUGAUAUUUUCAAUGUUACCAUUCUAAUUUUGCAGUACAAACAAGAUAUUAUGUUGAUUUCACACGGAAACAACAUCAAGGUUAAUUGGGUGGCAGAUUCAUAGUAUUGGAUUCCCUUUACUCUCUUUUUUUUCCAUCAAGGUUAAUUGGGUGUUACUUCUAUGAAAAAGAUUCCAUGUAUGCAAGCAAUAGUUUGUGUAAACUAUAAAAUCAUUUUAUGUUUUAGGUCCU